AUGGCCCCCCGCGAACACUCCCCGGUACAUGUACCGCUUCGAACCUCCAGCCGGAAUAAUCUCCUACGAUCCGAAGCGAUGGAAAGCCAGGAAAAUGUCGGCUAUUCGGACCGCAGAACCUCCAAAGCGCAACGAAUUCUGGGAACCGACCUGCCAAUCCACAACAACCAGAACCAGUGGGACAAACCACAGAAGCAGCAAAAGUCCCGCCGAGCAAGCCUCCGAACGCCCGACAGCUCCUCAAGACAACAGCAACAAAACACUGGAUUUGUGCCCUUCCCGACCUCCAAAUCAGGCGACAUGAUGGUUCCACCUCAGAAUCUUCGGGUGCGAGCUUCAUCCCCUUUGCUUGGCCAUGAAUAUCUUUCUCAGGAUCCGGUUCCGCCCCUCCCGAAGCCGUCAAAGAGAGUUCACCAAUCGGGCUCCUCGUCUACUCUGUUCUCCUACUUCAGAUCCCAAGAGUCAAAAUCGAGACCAGAGAGCCCGAAAGGCUUACAGCCCCGCAUCCAAAAUGAGCUGGGUUUGGAUCCCCAUGUGACAUAUAAGCAAAAUCGGAGUUCUCCAAAGGAAUCCAAGCGAAAGCUACGCCCACCUCGCAUUGAUUUGUCCAUCUUAUUUCCGAAACCCAGGAAUCCAGCCCCGCCCCUUUUGUCUCCUCAACGUAUGACCAACUCCCCGUCUCCGGUCUCGACGGUGGUCUCCGAUUACCCCUCCAACCGACUUGAUCGAGGACUUGACCGAGGACUUGAUCGAGAGACCAGCAAGAGCAGCAACUCCGCCUCUCGACGAUUUGGAGAUCCACUACCCCCUCGUGGCUCUGUGGCUCACCACGAGGUACCAAAGCAGCACGUGGACCGUUCCGAUUUGCUGUCAAUCCCGGAAUCAUCGAAAAGCGAGUGGUAUGACCAGCCAUUGGAGCGCACCGUGGGGACGAGCGAGAUUGAUCUGGCUCUGGACCGAUAUGCAGGCAGGCGAUCACUGUUUAGUCGCUCUAGUGUUUAUACUGCUAGCCGGGAGCAGUUGCAGCCGGAUCAGCGCCGACCUUCGGAAGCCAGUACCAACACACGCCGCGCCCAGAGUCCACCUAGGACCCAAGUAAGGGACAGGUCGGGGUAUCUGUCUCCCAAAUCCGAGCCGGCUCAUUCUCAGAUCGUCAAUCCUCCAGCUCAGAUUCGGCAUCAGAAGGACCGGAGUAAUUCGCAGGGUGCGAAGAGCGCUAUCACCAAGAAGAGCAGCAAGAGCACUUUGAAGAAUAAAGACUUGCAGAAUACCAGCAUUCUUUGCCUCUCUUCAUCGGAUGACGAGACCGAGGAGGAAACUGAGACUCCGACGGAUGGUCGCACCCAUAAACUAUUACGUGAUAGUGUGGGCACUUAUGGGGAGUAUGAGCCGGAAAUCUACACAGCCCAGGCCGCUCAAGCGGCUACUGGUCAAAUGCUGAGAAAGGUUGAUCGCGCACCAUCCACCAGCAGCCGCGGCUCUCACCAAAACCAACGGAACCAGUCAACGCGCAAGCAUGUCCACCAAACCUCCAUGUCUUCCUCUGGGAAGGCAUCUACUGGCAAGUUAUCCACAACUACCCGACGAACCAACCAGUCCCGACGGUCGAGCGGUAUCCCCGUAAUCGCCGAGCCAGAUCUCCUGGACCAGCUGCCGCAACCGCCUAUGCGCACACCUCGGGAAUUGAAGGAGAUGAACCGCCGAAGCCGAGUAAUUGCCGUGACACGACAAGAGCAGGACUUGUUGGAAGCGAUGCGCCUGCGCAAGGGAAAGGUCACACCCAGCAUCUUCAACUACUCCAACGAACCCGAUCGUAAUUCAGUGUUGUCGGUCCCUUCACGGGAUUCAUUCUGUGGAUCUGACACCUCUUUCCUGCGCCUCAGCGCUGCCUUCCCGCCGUUUCCCACACGGUCUGAUCAAGGUGCCUCUCACAUGGACAAGGACGGUUCUCCCUCGCAGAGUUCGAGUUCUGAUAAUGAACAGAAGACUGGUAAUUCGAUCGCCAGCACUAGCUACUCGGAGUCCCUUCCAUCCCCCUCCACCGCUGGUGCUUCACCGCUCACCCCGACACUCCCUAUUCACCGCUUCUCGCCACUUCCUUCUCCCAAGCCUCACCCCCGUGGGCCUCCACCAGCCAUCCCUGAGGAUCAGAAGCAGCAUACCCGGCGCCGUACCGAUAGCAGCGAAGCUAUCAUGCUGAACGGCGGCGAGCCACAGCCGAAGCACGAUCUUCCGCUUUGGUCCUUCGAUUUUGAUUGGAAUCACGACCGUAAUAGCGUCGCUGCGGUGCAUUGA